AUGCGGCUGAUCACGCGCCUUACGCGCGCCCCGGUGCGCUCCAAGGUGGCGCCCACAUCGGCAGUCGAGCAUCUGCCUGUUGUCAAGCCCAAGGAGGCUGCGUACGGCAAUGGGACGGCCUGGGUCGGCUUCGUGACGACUGCGACGGCGCUGGGCAUCGCGGCGCUGAUGUAUCGGGAUACGCACAGCAGCGACGUCGAGUGCGGGUCGAGCGGAGAAUCCUGGUGGACGAGCCCCAAGGUGGAGCAGCGCGGACACUACGCAUUGUUGAAGGAGCUGGGACGAGGAGGGUUUUCGGUUGUUCGGCUUGCCAUUGACAUCCAGACAGAGCAGAAACUGGCAGCGAAGAUUUUCGAUCCGAAGAGUUCGUCGUUGGAGACAAUUCAGGCAGAGAUUGAUAUCCUGAAGCACCUUGGUACACAUCGAAAUAUCGUGUCGCUGCAUGAUGUGCUCUAUCUUAAAGAUGAGACGAUUAUGCUGACGGACUUGGUUGAAGGAGGCGAGCUUUUCGACUACAUUGUUGAUAUGGGGUCAGUAUCAGAGAAGGAUGCCGCUCGCCUACUUCAUGAUGUCUGUCGGGGGCUCGACUACGUGCAUUCUCGCGGUGUCUGCGCGUACUGGGCUCCUGAAAUCAUCACGAGCCAUCCGCAAGACUUUGGUGUCGACAUGUGGGCAUUUGGUGUGCUGGCCUACAUCACGUUAACGGGAGUACAUCCGUUUGAUCCGAGAGGUGACAAGUCGGACGCCGAAAUCGUGAAAGAGAUUGCAAAAGGAGCCUACGAUGUGGAGAACAAGUGGUUCAGAAGUCUUUCUGCAGAUGCCAAGGAUUUCUUAACGCGGUUGCUAGACUCGGAUCCGUCCAAACGAUUGACAGCGAAACAAGCGCUGCAACACCCGUGGCUCAGUGGUAUCACAUCGCCUGAGGACCCUCUUGACAGUGGACAUACCCAGCGAUUACAAUCGUAUCAGCGUCUCCAACAACUUCGUGCCAAUAUUUUGGCAGUCAUCAUGGGCGUACAGCACGCGAAACUGGGUGACAGCCCCGAUGCAAACGAAAAGCGCCUAGUAUCGCACCGCACGUCGACUGUUAAUAUGGACAUGUUCAAAGAGACGUUCGCUCUGUUCGACAAAGACGAAUCCGGCUGUAUCGAUCGAGACGAGCUUCGAGGCAUGCUAUUAGCUCUUGGUCAACAACUCUCGGGCUCGGAGAUCGACAGCAUUAUGCGUCAAGCAGACACUGACGGCGACGGCAAGAUAUCGUUCACUGAGUUUGUGUGCAUGAUGAAUCAGAGGCUCUUCCGCCGAGGCGAUCUGACGCCCGGAGAUCUCAAAGCUGCUUUCGACGCUUUCGACGUGAACCGUGAUGGGUUUAUUUCGAGCAGCGAACUUGAGCACAUUCUUCAUGUGCUGGGCAACAAGCACAUCAGCCGUGACGAAAUCUACAAGAUCCUGCAAGCUGCUGACAAGAAUGAGGACGGCAAAAUCGACUACGAAGAGUUCUGCGCCUUGAUGCAGCAGCAGACAAAGGGCUGA